AUGGAAAAACUUCAAAAACUUCCAGAGGGUACUGAAUUACAAGUUGGUAAACAUAAGGUAAAAAUAGUUAAAUAUAUAUCAGAAGGUGGAUUUGCACAUAUAUAUGAAGUUACAAUAAAUACCCCAAACAAUGAACCACAAAUUGCAUGUUUAAAAAGAGUUGUUGUACCUGAUAAGAAUGGAUUAAAUAUAUUACGAAAAGAAGUUGAAGUUAUGAAAACUUUAAGAGAUGCAAGAAGUAUAGUUACUUAUUAUGAUUCACAUGCUGAAAGAUUAGAUAAUGGAACUUAUCAAGUCUUGGUGUUGAUGGAACUUUGUCCUGGUGGAUCCUUAUUAGAUUAUAUGAAUGCAAGAAUUAAGACUAAAUUAACAGAAUCGGAAAUUUUGAAAAUUAUGAUUGAUGUUUCCGUUGGAGUUUAUGAAAUGCAUAGAACAAGAUUAUGUCAUAGAGAUAUUAAAAUAGAAAAUGUACUAAUUAAUUUACAACAACGGUUUAAAUUAUGUGAUUUUGGUUCAACUUCAUCACCAAUAAUGCCACCGCAAGAUCAACAACAAUUCAAAUUAAUAAGUCAUGAUAUCUUGUAUCAAACUACUCCACAAUAUAGAUCACCAGAAAUGAUUGACUUGUAUAGAAAUAUUCCUAUAGAUGAAAAAGCAGAUAUUUGGGCAUUGGGGUGUUUUCUUUAUAAAUUAUGUUAUUAUACAACCCCAUUUGAAGCAAAUGGUGAUAUUGCUAUAUUACAUGCAUCUUUCCAAUUCCCACCAUUACCUCAAUAUUCAGGAGAUUUAAAAAACUUAAUAAUAAUAAUGUUACAAGAAAAUGCUUUAUUUAGACCAAAUAUAAUUCAAGUAUUAAUGUUGAUAUGUAAAAUUAUGAAUAUAAAAUUUGAAACUUUGAGAAUAAAAGAUUUUUAUAAUUUAGGUCCAUAUAAUUUCCAAGCAUUACACGAGUAUCAAGUUCAAAAACAGAAUGAAAUUAUGCAACAAAAACAAAUAUAUUAUCAACAACAAAAUAUGAUUGAUCAAAGUGAGUUAAGAUUGGCAGUAAGUGCAGCUCCAGUAGAACCAAUUACUUCAAAUGCCCCUACGGCUCCUACAGCUCCAACCUCAUCCGUAGCUCCUCCUCCAGCAAAAGAAGAAGAACAUAAACCACCAGUCAUCAAAGAACCAGUAGAAACGCCACCUAAAUCAACAGCCUCAUUAGCUCCACCACUAGAGUCAUUAGAUAAGUCACCAAAUUCAUUACUUGGUUUUAGCCUGGAAAAUGAUGAAGGAUUUUCAGAUUUGGAACAACUUGAAGAUGCAGAGGAAAGAUUUCCAUCUUUGGAUAAUAUCGAUAACUUGGACAAAACUAUAAGUCCAUCAUCUGGGAAAACACCAACAAGAUCAACCAGUAUGAAGACGGAUAACUCCAUUGCAUCUAAAGUAUUAAGUAAUGAUUAUCAAAAUGUUGAUGCUUGGGCUAAUUCACAAUCACAAAGUAUCGAUAAAGGUGCUGAGCAAUUAGCUGAUGAUAUUUUUGCAAAUAAUGAAAGUAACCCAAAACCAAUAAACAAUAAUGUUAACAAUACUCCAAAACAAGAUUUGUCUCAUCAACUCAAAAAUUUAAAUAUUGAAACUCCAACAUCAGCAAACAAUCCAUUCCCAUUUUCAAGACCUUCCAAUUUAACAUCUACCAAAUCAGAAUCUCAUUUCAAGCAAGAAUACAAGAACCACAAUCCAUGGGGGAACAAAUUUGAUUCAGAAGAAAUUAGACCAUCUCAUAAACCAACAUUACUGCAAUCAUCAAAUAAUAUCCCAAAACAACAACAACCGGAUCUCAUUGACCUUGAAGUAGGGCUAGCUUCCUCAAAUUCAUCAUCAUCAAUAUUGACAGCCACAAGAAACAAUGAUUCCAACUUAUCCCUUAUAGAUUUAAAUAUAGAAGAAUCUAAAAAGAAAUCCAUUGAAAAACCAGUCUUCAAAAAGAGAAUAUCAUCAAGUACAAAUCCAUCUCAAAUAAUAUUACAGGAAGAAACUGUUGAUUGGGAGUCAGAUGAUGAAAAUUUAGAUAAUGGAUCAAAUAUGAGUCGAAUGAAGAUUAGAAAUUCUUUGAAAAAACCUAAAAGUAGGAAAAGUUCAGAAUUAAAAAGAACUGAUAGUUCUACGAAUGAAUCUAAAAAGCGUCUUUCAUUUUUUGGUGGGUCAACAUAA